AAGCGAUCUCGGCAGUCCACAAUCUUUGACAGCCAUCAGUGGUUGUGUUCGGGAGGAACCGAAGAGUAGAAUGAUAAUUAUUGUCGCCUAAUUUAAUGUAAAACUGAUGCGGCCCAGAAAAACAUCCUGAAAAAGUGUUCCGAAGCUCAAGUUGGAGGAAAAAACAGUGUGCACAUUAAUGUGGUGGCCAUUACCCACGCGAACAGUUUGCAAUCAGAGUGCCAGCGAUGCUGCACAGCUCAAAAUCCGUGUCCCACCCUUCGGCAGGAAGCAAGCAUUCCAGCAGGGAAAGUUCUCCCCAUCGGACGUCCAUUCAUGAGCAAUUAAAGCAAACUGGUGCCAUGAAGGUGGAGAGCCCACUGCAGCGUACAUUCGCCGAAAGCCGGGAGAUGGAAGAAGCAAUGGGGUUCGAGGGUUCCGGAGGUGGUGGUCAUCACGACGCCCAUAAAGAUUCCGAGGAGACUGAUGGCUUAUCGGGUCAGAUGGACGAGAAUGACGGGGGUCUUACGACGAUUUCGCAGCUGAGUAAUGAUUCGGGUGACAAACUGUUUGAAAAAGGACACCAUAGGACUAGCAGUUCACUGGCCCAUAAUCGGAUUAUUACGAAAAUUGCGUGCACAAAAGAAUCUAUUAAGAAGGAACAAACCACUAGAGAUGCGAACGUCAACGAGUACUUAAAGCUUGCUGCUAGCGCGGAUAAGCAGCAACUUCAGCGAAUAAAAGCAGUGUUCGAGAAGAAGAACCAGAAAAGUGCUCAUAAUAUCUCACAGUUGCAGAAAAAGUUGGAGUCAUACAGUAAAAGAUAUAAGGACUUGCAAUAUCAUCAGAGUCAGAAGCAACAGCAGAGUCAUCGUCAACCGAGGGAAAUGCUAAGAGACGUGGGCCAAGGCCUGCGGAAUGUUGGCGGAAACAUACGAGACGGUGUAUCCGGACUGUCGGCGACCGUCAUGUCUAAACCUAGGGAAUUCGCUCAUCUAAUCAAAAACAAGUUUGGUAGUGCCGAUAAUAUUAAUCAACUUGCAGCAAAUCACAACGUCAUCGAUAUGAAUCGUGAUUUGACUGCAUCUAACAUAGACGACUCGGUGUCGUUUCACUACGACAACCUUAGCAGUUCGAACGUCGGCAUUCAUGGAGUGUGUCUGGAUCCAGCUGAUACUAGGGUUAUUUCUAAUACAAGAAUAGUGGAAGACGCGAGCGGCAAGUAUAGCGAACACGAAAGCGAAUGCAGCAGCGUUACGAGUGAUAGUAUUCCGCUAAGCUCCGGAAAACAUCGCAGACUCAGAAGUCAGCAUUGUACAAACUACAAAGCAAUGGGUGAUAUUCGAGAUGGUUAUGACCGAAUGAAAACAAAGUUGGAGCGAUUGGAGCUUAUGCAUAAGGACGUGACGGAUCUGGCCAUUGCGCUGGAAACGGAGCGAUAUCGCACGGAACGACUGGAGGAGCAAGUUAACGACUUAACCGAACUUCACCAGAACGAGAUUGAAAAUCUAAAACAAGCCAUUGCCGACCUGGAGGAGAAGGUGCAGUAUCAAAGCGACGAGCGGUUGAGGGAUGUUUACGAAAUCAUGGAAAAUUGUCAGACACGAGUUUCGAAGAUGGAGCAUCUGUCCCAGCAGCAAUACGUUACAAUCGAGGGAAUUGAUAACUCCAAUGCUCGUGCGGUGGUGGUCAAGCUCAUCAAUGUCGUCCUGACCGUGCUGCAGGUGAUUCUGCUUCUGGUCGCCACGGCAGCCGGCAUCACGAUGCCUUUUCUGCGAACCAGAAUCCGCGUCCUGACCACUGUUGUUUGUAUAGUUAUGUUAGCGUUUAUGGUUCGCCAAUGGACAGAUAUAAUUAGUGGCUUUAGCUAUCUGGUUCAAAAACUGGGAAUCUACUUUCAAUCGGAAUGAGGCGUUUAAUUCGUAAGUGAAUCGUUUUAAAAACUAUCAACUAUCAAGCUCUACGAACAAUUCAAAUUAAUGUAAUUAUUCGAAAUAAAGUUGCUCUAAUCACA